AUGCCCUAUCCGGAGAUGCAUCAAGGCUUUGUAUUGGACAAGGAUCCGUCAUCGCCCAGCAGCGUCACCAGCAGUAUCACGAUAGGUGCGACGACAGAGAAGGUCUUUCAUCAAACACGCAAUGAUGCAAGUGUUCAAUCGAAUCUUGCCAGCGUGGGUGACAGUGCUCGAAAUUGGCCGCUUUGCCAAAAGGUAGCAGUAUCCAUUGGAGCCAUCCUAUGUUUCUUGGUAAUAACGCUGGCUACAUCAAUCUAUAUCGCCAGUAUACCAGGCAUUAUGGGAGAGUUUCGAAUCGGGAAAACGUUGGCCAUCCUGCCCGUCACACUGUAUGCUCUGGGCUUUGUUAUUGGCCCAAUAUUUACUUCGGCUCUCUCAGAGGAGUUUGGGAGACAGUACUUGUACAAAACGUCGCUGCUGCUACACUUCAUUUUCACCAUCGUGGGGGCAUCGGCGUCGAAUUUUCGCACCAUCGCUGUUUGUCGCGCGUUAGCCGGCGUGGUGGGAUCACCAUCGGUGAGCGUAUUUGCGGGAGUUCUGAAUGAUCUGUGGCAAAUGCCCGGAGACCGACUGGGUGUUCCUCUGUUCGUGAUGUAUGGCCUAGGAGGCGCAGCAGCGCCAACCAUUGGCCCUUUGGUGGGAGAGUCCAUUGUGGCCGUACAUGGCUGGCGAUCGUCAUUCUGGCUGACGGCUAUCCUUGUUGGGGCCUGCGCUGCAGGCAUGCUGUUCGUGCCAGAGACUUUUGGCCCAGAAAUCCAACGUCGAUCGCGAAAGGGCCCGCGGUGUGGUCUGCGAAAUGCCUUUGGGUCUGCAUGUCGCCGCCCGUUCGAGCUGCUUUGGUUUGAACCCAUCAUCCUACCCACGGCCGCCGUGGUCACAAUGAGCCAGGUCGUCGUUUUCAUCCUCUACGCUGGGUAUCCAGUCAUUCUCGAGCGGACCUACCACUUUUCCUCCUAUCAAGUCGGGUUAUCAUUUCUGCCGUUACUGAUCGGAACGCUGCUCGCUGCACCUGUGCUCGCCAUACUUGAUAGCCGGAAACGUGCCCCAGACCAGUCAUCGCCGGAAGACCACCUCGUCGGUGCUAUGCUGUCGGCUAUAUUGCUACCAGUUAGCCUACUAUGGCUCGCCUGGACCGCACGCCCUUCAAUUCACUGGAUCUGUCCCCUUCUUGCAGGUGUUCUCUAUGGGUUAGGGUUUGCGUUGUCACAGCUGACUUAUCCAUUAUACAAAAACGUGGUCUACGGGGCCGAACUUGGCGCCUCCGCUCUCGCGGUUGAUGUCGCCAUGCGCUAUCUAUUUUCGUCCGUCUUUCCAUUGUUUACCGUGCAGUUAAUUGACAGUAUUGGAUUUGCCUGGACAAUGACUGCCUGCGCAGUGGCAUUGGUAUGCUUAGCCCCUGUUCCAUGGGUACUGCGGAAGAAAGGAGCCUCUUUACGUGCCCGGAGCAGAUAUGCCGAACGUGCUCCCGAUAUGAGUGAAAGACUACAGAUUCCUGUGAUGUGCUCUUCACCUCGUGACUUGGGGGGUCUUUUGAAAAUUUCGGCAGUGUAG